UGAGCUCCUGAGAGCGACCCAUUCUUUCACCAAUGUUUGUAGAAGCCGUCUGCAUGCCUAGGGGAUGGAUUGUAUACACCUGUGUCCAUGGAGGGGAUUGGAACACCUGAAUCACAUGAUAUGGAGGGGAUUGGAACACCUGAAUCACAUGAUAUGGAGGGGAUUGGAACACCUGAAUCACAUGAUUGGGAGGGGAUUGGAACACCUGAAUCACAUGAUUGGGAGGGGAUUGGAACACCUGAAUCACAUGAUAUGGAGGGGAUUGGAACACCUGAAUCACAUGAUAUGGAGGGGAUUGGAACACCUGAAUCACAUGAUUGGGAGGAGAUUGGAAUACCUGAAUCACAUGAUUGAGAGGGGAUUGGAGCACCUGAAUCACAUGAUAUGGAGGGGAUUGGAACACCUGAAUCACAUGAUUGGGAGGGGAUUGGAACACCUGAAUCACAUGAUUGGGAGGGGAUUGGAACACCUGAAUCACAUGAUUGGGAGGAGAUUGGAACACCUGAAUCACAUGAUUGGGAGGGGAUUGGAACACCUGAAUCACAUGAUUGGGAGGAGAUUGGAACACCUGAAUCACGUGAUAUGGAGGGGAUUGGAACACCUGAAUCACAUGAUUGGGAGGAGAUUGGAACACCUGAAUCACAUGUUUGGGAGGAGAUUGGAACACCUGAAUCACGUGAUAUGGAGGGGAAUGAAACACCUGAAUCACAUGAUUGGGAGGGGA